ACACACAUGCACGCACAACCCGCCGUCCUCACAGAAACAACCCACGACUUGUUUCCAAACCUGACGGAGGGGAAGACGCGAAGACACAUAGACAGACGCACGCAGGUGGAGCCUCUCUCUCUCCUUUUUUUUGAUCAACAUUAUCUUUCUAAUCUGCCGUUAUCUUCUGGGACUCUACAGAGAAGAGAAAAGACAGCAACAUGACUACAAAUCGCGUUUUAACAGUCGGAUAAUCCGUUUUUUUUUUUGUUUUUUUUUUCUUUUCGUCUCGCGGCUCCAGAAUCACCUGGGAUGGAAAAAGUUUGCCUCCUCUGGAUUGUAAUAAAAACCUCCCAGGAAAGAAUGAAGUAACCCGCGAUGGAGCCGGACAGUGCCCCGCACUCCAACCUGAAAGCCACUGGAGUCGGGGGGAAAACUCUGAUUCUCUGGACCUUUCUCUGUUGCAGCUGCUCUCUACGGCUCUCGCAGGCUCAAGAUGUGGAUGUCCUGCAGCAGCUCGGACUUUCAGGCCGAAGGACAGGCAGCUCAUCGCCUUCAGGCGCUCGCCCCAUCCCCAAUGGCGUCAUCCCCUUCAAGUCGGGCGUCAUCCUCACUCCGAGGGCCCGCGUUCAGGCGCCUCUGCGCACGGUGGUCCCCGCGUCCCACAACGCCUCCAGCCUCUCUCUGAUCCUCAGCUUGUCUGUCCACCGCUUCAACAGCGCGUUUCUUUUCUCCGUUCUCUCGAGGAAGAGGAAACUGCAGCUGGGAGCGCAGUUGGCGCCGGGGAGGGUCGUCGUGCACGUCGGGCAGAAGAGCUCCGUCACCUUUGACUAUGACACGUACGACGGCCAGUGGCAUCAUUUUGCUCUGGACAUUCGAGGCCGUCACGCAUUCUUGCACACAUCUUGUGGUAAGAAGAGCCUGCAUGCAGAUCUGGAGCCCAGGAAAGAGGAGGCCCUGGACCCAGAGGGCUUCUUCCUGCUUGGCAAGUCCAGCAGCAACUCCGUGCCGUUUGAAGGAGCCAUCUGCCAGUUCGACAUUUAUCCCUCUGCCGAGGCAGCUCAUAACUAUUGUGACUACAUCAAGAAACAUUGCAGAGAGGCCGACACGUAUCGGCCCGUGUUUGCACCCCUGCUACCUCUCUUUUCAGACCCAAACAUUACUGUCACUCACAAAACUCCAGCGUCAUCGACUGUGAUGUCCAAAAAGGCCAAAACAUCCACGUUUGGCGUGACUGGGGAAAAAAACGGCAGGACUAAAGUUCUUCUUCCAGCGGACCGCUCGCUGAUGCUGAACAAAACCUCUGCGCAUCGGACGGCGAGUGGUCCAAAGCCGGGGGCCGUGUCUGUUCCUCCACUGAUUCAUUCAUUGGAAAGUCCCGCCGGCUUCCCGGUUCAAACCGUUACCGCGUCUCUUCGGAUCAGCGUGACCCCACUGAACCCCAACAUACAUGCCAGAAAGAACAUAAAGCGCGGAGUGACAAGUUCUCCAAAACCUUACGGGAAAAGUGGACCUGUUCCCAGCAGAGCUGCUCCCACGCGGGGGUCUGCUGCUUCUGACGCCCCCGCUUCCCAUCACAAGCAGCUGACCACAGUAGCUCCACACAAGCCCGGGCCAGACGGGACCGGUGUGCGGCGCUUCAACCCCACCUCGCUCAUUCCAGUCACUCCAGCUGCAACAGAUGGCUUCCAAACGUUCGACCUGGCGCCGACCCAGUUCUCGCUGCUCGCUGGACCACCUGGACUAAAGGGAGAACCGGGACCGCCGGGCCCUCCAGGAUUUCCAGGGUUGCCGGGGAAACCAGGCAAGAGGGGCCCACGGGGUCCUCCUGGCCCUCAUGGGAAUCCUGGUCAUGCUGGACCGCCUGGGGUGAAGGGUCACACAGGAGAUCCUGGACUGUCCCCCGGUAAAGCUCCAAAAGGACAAAAAGGAGAGCCUGGUGUCAUGGGCCCCCCUGGACCACCUGGCCAAGAUGGACAAAAGGGACAGAGAGGCCACCCCGGUCCUGCUGGGCUCCCAGGGGAACCUGGUGAACGGGGAGAUGAUGGAAGUCCGGGGGCCAAAGGCUAUCCUGGCAGGCAGGGUCUCCCGGGGCCUGUAGGCAGAACGGGACCAAAAGGAGUUAGGGGUCACAUCGGCAUUCCCGGGGUUUUUGGGUUUCCUGGUCCCGAUGGCGAGAGAGGAAUUCCUGGCGUUCGUGGGAAGAAGGGCAAGAUGGGUAGGCCGGGGUUUCCUGGUGACUUUGGGGAGCGGGGACCUCCUGGCCCUGACGGGAACCCAGGCGAGCUGGGAGCUCCUGGCCCGUGCGGAGUUAACGGUCUCAUUGGGGAUAUGGGCCCCGCCGGCAUCAUGGGCUUACCGGGACCUCCAGGACUCAAGGGGGUGUCUGGAAACCCAGGGGACGCAGGCCUGAAAGGUGAUAAGGGUGACGUUGGGUUGCCAGGGGAGCAGGGCGAGGCUGGUUUCCAAGGCGAUAAGGGCGUCCGCGGCUCACCCGGGUUGCCAGGUCCUCGUGGACAACCGGGGCCGCAGGGCAAACACGGGGAAAAGGGCCCUGGCGGCAUCCCGGGUCCCGCUGGCCCAGAGGGCUUCCCAGGGGACAUCGGCCCGCCGGGACACAACGGCCCCGAGGGACCUAAGGGAAAGCAAGGGCUGAGGGGGUUGCCAGGUCCUGCCGGGAUGACUGGACUCAAGGGCGACGAGGGACCGACGGGCCCACCUGGACCUGCCGGAGCCGAGGGCAGGCCUGGGAGGCAGGGAUUCCCUGGGUUGACGGGCUCAGACGGACCCAAGGGCGAGACGGGCAUAACCGGCGAAGUCGGGCGGCUUGGUGAGAGGGGGCUGCCUGGUUUCAUCGGGCCAUUUGGAGAGGCGGGCAUCGCCGGAGAAAAGGGGGAUCGAGGGAGAACUGGAGCCCCGGGGCCGCCCGGUGAACCAGGGUCGAUGGGUCACGCUGGAAUACCUGGUGUAAGAGGAUCACCGGGACCUGAAGGAAUCCCAGGGCCUCCUGGUUCACGGGGAUCUCCAGGCAUCAGAGGACCCAAAGGCAGGAGGGGUCCACGGGGUCCUGACGGCGCAGUGGGGGAGGACGGGCCUGCGGGGCUGAAGGGUUCUGACGGUCCGGUGGGACGACUGGGCCUCCCCGGGGAGAUGGGGAAACUCGGGGAGCCGGGGGAAGCGGGGCCGCCGGGUUUUUCAGGUGUUCAGGGGCCCUCGGGACCUCCAGGAGCCAAAGGAAUUACAGGAGAGCCAGGGCCGCCGGGGCCACUGGGACGGAUGGGGCCUCUGGGGGACAUGGGGUUGACGGGGCUUCCAGGGAAAACUGGAGAACGAGGACCACCUGGGGAAGCUGGUGAGAAGGGGGCCCCUGGUCUAGACGGAAGCUUCGGGGAGCAGGGUUUGAUCGGCCAGACUGGUGAGCCAGGCAUUGAUGGAGAGGCCGGGACGGGUGGACCUGAUGGAGCCAAGGGGGAGAAGGGCGACGCCGGUCCGGAGGGCGCUAACGGAGACAGAGGUGAAAUGGGCCUGAAAGGAAAAGAAGGAGCAGCCGGGCCUCCCGGACUCAUGGGGGUGAGGGGUCCAGAGGGCAAACCUGGAGGAAUCGGUGAACGAGGAAAAGCGGGACAAAAGGGGGGCAAGGGUCCACUGGGCCACUCGGGCGAGACCGGCCUGGCGGGUGCGCAGGGAGAGCCGGGGUUUCCUGGACAGAAAGGAGCGAGAGGAACCGUCGGGCCAGUGGGUGCUCCAGGGAAGAUGGGCCCGCAAGGCGAUCCAGGCAUACCAGGCUACAAGGGUCACGUGGGGCCUCAGGGCCCACUCGGACCUCCUGGACCAAAAGGUGAAAAGGGAGAACAGGGAGAUGACUGCAAGGCUGAGGGCCCUGCAGGUCCCCGAGGUGACAGAGGUCCUGUUGGAGCCAGGGGAGAGAGAGGCAGGCCGGGUGACCCUGGAUACAUUGGUCUGAUGGGCGUGGACGGACCUCGAGGUAGAGCUGGUGCCCCAGGGCUUCCUGGACACGUUGGACCAAAGGGACGACCGGGACCGAAGGGAUCCAAGGGUGAUCAAGGCCUGAAAGGAAAAUCAGGGGCAGCGGGAGCAUCUGGGGCCAAAGGACCACCAGGUCCAGAGGGCCCGACUGGGCCGCGGGGGGUCCUGGGCAGAGAGGGACUUGAGGGUCAACCUGGAAUUGAUGGCAUAUUUGGAAAAGAUGGAACUAGAGGAGCCAAGGGUGAGCAAGGACAAGAUGGAGAAGUGGGUUUACCUGGAAAAUCUGGCCACCCGGGGGAAAAGGGUGUGAUGGGACUUCCAGGAAGCCAAGGCUCUGUUGGUCCAAAGGGCGAGAGAGGUCUGCCAGGCCAGAUUGGUCCGGCGGGGAAGAGAGGAUCUGUUGGUGGAACUGGAUUUCCAGGAAAACAAGGAGACCUGGGAACUAAAGGGCAACCGGGGGAUAGCGGCGAACAAGGGUUUCCGGGAGUGUUCGGCCUGUUUGGACCGAAGGGGCCCCCAGGAGACUUCGGCCCUGCAGGAAUACAGGGACCAAAGGGACCACGAGGUUUGAUGGGUGUGGAGGGCGCUUUGGGCCCCGUCGGCAUCAUCGGGCCCAGCGGUCAUCCGGGACCACAGGGGGACAAAGGCAGCCGGGGGGACACGGGGCUGCAAGGACCAAGAGGAUCUCCUGGCCCUCAAGGACCCCCUGGACCACCAGGUCGUACCAGUUCCGCCUCGUCACCGAGAACGGAGGCUCCUGGAGCCGCCUUUGACCUCCUCAUCGAUUCCCAUGAUGCACUAAGGCAGGAGAAUUCAGACCUGCCCAUGUUGGACCAGGGCGCCGAGAUCCUGAAGACCCUGCAGCAUCUGAGCACGCUGAUCCAAAGUCUGAGGAACCCCCUGGGGACCCGGGACAACCCGGCCCGGAUCUGCAGGGACCUCUCCAGCUGUGAGCAGCGGAUGCACGACGGCCUUUACUGGGUCGACCCGAACCUCGGCUGCAGCGCCGACAGCAUCGAAGUGGUGUGCAACUUCUCUACCGGAGGACAGACCUGCUUAAAACCCAUCACCGUCUCAAAGUUGGAGGUGGGAGUGGGCCGAAUCCAGAUGAACUUCAUCCACCUCCUGAGCACCGAGGCCGUGCAGCACAUCGUGGUCCACUGCCUCAACGCUCCCGUGUGGGCGGCGGGACCUUCUCUGCAGCCGUCGCCCAGGGCCGUGGGCUUCAGGACCUGGUCCGGGGAGACCAUCCAGGCGGGGGACUUCCUGGAGCCGCUCGUACCCACCGACGACUGCUGGAUCCAGGACGGCCGCUGGCACCAGACCCACUUCGUCUUCGAGAGCCAGGACCCAAACCUACUGCCGGUGGUGGACGUGUACAACCUACCGCCCGCGGAGCCCGGCGCACGCUUCCACCUGGAGGUCGGACCCGUCUGCUUCCUGUAGGGCCCGGCGCUGGAGGCCCGGCGGCGCUCCGCCAGGACG